ACUAACCAUUACCCAAAACCAAACUCAAAUCAACCAAUAAUCUCCCAAUUACAGACCAAACAUGUCUAGAUUACCUGAAGAUCUCAUAAUCGAAAUACUCUCCAGAUUACCUGCUAAGCCUCUAAUUCGAUUCAAAAAGGUUAGCAAAAUCUGGAACUCUAUAAUCUCCGAUCCUCAGUUCAUCAAGCUCCACCUUCAACGAGCCAAACAGACCAACAACAAUGUCAGACUACUCCUGUCAACUUUUUCUCCUCAAUCCUUGGAUUUCGAAGCUUUCAGCAACGGUGAUUUAAGUAAUGCAAUAACAAAAGUUAGUUUCCCUGAAAUCGUCAAGGGCCCGCCGACUUUUUACGUCAAAAUUAUAGGUUCUUGUGAUGGUUUGGUUUGUUUACUUGAUGAUCACGGCACCAUGUUCUUGUGGAACCCUACAACCGAAGAGUGUAAAAAGCUUCCGAACCCUAAAGGCGCGAUUUAUAGUAUGUUUCUGCAUGGAGUUGGAUAUAACGUUGGUACCGAUGAUUAUGGAGUUUUAAUAGCUAGCUAUUUUUCUGGGGAAAUCAUAGUUGAACUCUAUACAUUGAAGACUAAUAUGUGGAGAGAAAUCGAAAAUGUCGGUCCGAUUCCUGAGGAGUCGUCAGGGUUUUCAGGAAUUGCAUGGAAUGGAACUUUAUAUUGGCUAAAGGUGAAAGAAGUUAGUAAUGUUAACAAAAAAGUGUAUGUGAUUGUUUCGUUCGACAUGGCCGAUGAGAAAUUUAAAGAGGUUGUGUCGUUACCGGAACGUUUUGAUCCGAGUUCGGAUAAAGUGAGUUUGGGGAUGCCGGAAAAUGGCAAGUUGUGUGUGUUUUGUGAAUGCAAAGGAAGAUGUUUUGAGGGAUUAGUAUUGAAUUUCAAUGGUGGAGAAGCAUUUUGGACUAAAUUGUUCGAUUUUCCUCAAAUUAAGUUUCCUGGAUUUGAUAAUGAAGUAUUGUGCCUAACAAAGAAUGGUGAAAUUGUUUUGGAAAGUGAUGGAUGGAAAUUAUAUUUGUAUAAUCCUAAAGAAGGGAUCUUUAGGAAUUUUGAGAUGAAUAAUUGUGGAGAUGCUUGUGAGUUAGGGUUAUAUGUGGAAAGUUUAGUUUCACCUAAUGUUUAAUCCAGUUCGAGUUUGAGUUCGAGCAUCCCCCUUAUCGGGAUAAAACGAAUAAAGAUGAUAUUAUUAGGGUAUCGGAAUGAAUUAAAUAGUAUCUCUUGUAGCGUAAUGUAAUAGAUAUUGUUCAACUAAAUGAUUAUUAGUGUCUAUUUGGUUA